CCGUGGGACCGCCCCACUCUCCCACAGAUAUAAAUAGGAGGUGGAUUUUUUUACUCCACUCAUUUCUCCUGAAGGAUGAGAUCCCUGAAACACCUCAAACAUCACUCCAGGAACAAUGUGGAGGAGGAGAGUAGCCGCUUGGUGCGGACGUACAAGAUGACUGAGGGCCAAAUGGAUGUGGGUACACAGACGGAGCCUGUGGUGGUGCUAUCUUUGGCUCAGGCUGCCGUUCUUGGACUCAUCUCCCAGAAUGAAAUCUUCGGGGCGACCAUAGCUCCUAAUGGCUUCUACACAGGGGAGCCCAGAGAGUGCCCGCCUCCUCCAACGGAGGCGACGGAGUACGAGUACGCCGACCAGCUAAUCGGGGCGAACGGAGACUACCUGGCCGAGCCCGCCGGGGAGCCCGAGCCGCAACCCCACUGCAGCGAGAGAAGGCGGCCGGGACCCCGCGGGAGAACCAAGAGGCCCAGGAGCGAAGGGGAAUCGGAGGGUCUCCCGCACAAAGUGCCCAGUCCACAGGCUCAGGUCAAAGGUGAACGGCUCGAGUCCGACACCCCUCCUUCUUGCAUUCACACGAACAGCAGGCGAACCGCCGGCAAGUCGGAGGAUCCGGUCGCCCAAAAGUCUUGUCUGAAAGAGGAGCAGGCCUGCGGAAGCUGCCCCUCGUGUGAGCGAGAUACAUCCAGGCCACAAACAGAUGGACAGCAGAAACAGGAAGUAAACACUGGCAAAGAAAAAGAGAGGAAGGAAGAAGAGCUGGUGGUGGAGGAGGAGGAGGAGGAGGAGGCACUGAACCUCAAGACAAAUAACGAGAGUGGCAGUCCCCUGGAGAGCCGUUAUUAUGAGUCCAAUGAGGUGGCCUACGAGUCCCCUGACAUGGCCCUGCCGGGAGAGUACGAGGACAACAACCAGGCCAUGCUGUGGUCGGAUCCAGAGGGCCUGGCCAGACGAAUGCAGAUCGACCGGCUGGACAUCAACGUACAGAUCGACGAGUCGUACUGCGUAGACGUGGGGGAGGGCCUGAAACGCUGGAAGUGCCGCAUGUGUGAAAAGUCCUACACGUCCAAGUACAACCUGGUCACUCAUAUUCUGGGCCACAAUGGAAUUAAGCCCCACGAAUGUCUACACUGCGGAAAGCUCUUCAAGCAGCCGAGCCACCUCCAGACUCACCUGCUCACCCACCAGGGGACCCGGCCUCACAAGUGCACCGUGUGCGAGAAGGCCUUCACGCAGACCAGCCACCUGAAGAGGCACAUGCUGCAGCACUCGGACGUCAAGCCCUACAGCUGCCGUUUCUGCGGCAGGGGGUUCGCCUACCCCAGCGAGCUCAGGACCCACGAGAACAAGCACGAGAACGGCCAGUGCCACGUCUGCACCCAGUGCGGCCUUGAGUUCCCGACCUACGCGCACCUGAAGCGCCACUUGACCAGCCACCAGGGCCCCACCACCUACCAGUGCACGCAGUGCCACAAGUCCUUCGCGUACCGCAGCCAGCUGCAGAACCACCUGAUGAAGCACCAGAAUGUGCGGCCCUACGUUUGCCCCGAGUGCGGCAUGGAGUUCGUCCAGAUCCACCACCUCCGACAGCACGCUCUAACUCACAAGGUACUGGCAGCGCGCACCCUCCCACUUAAGGGUAUGAAAGAAUUCAAGUGUGACGUCUGCGCCAGAGAGUUCACCCUGUCUGCCAACCUCAAGAGACACAUGCUGAUCCACGCCAGUGUGAGGCCCUUCCAGUGCCACGUCUGCUUCAAGACCUUUGUCCAGAAGCAGACCCUCAAAACGCACAUGAUUGUCCACCUCCCCGUCAAGCCUUUUAAAUGCAAGGUGUGCGGAAAGUCGUUCAACAGAAUGUACAACCUCCUCGGUCACAUGCAUCUCCAUGCCGGUAGCAAGCCCUUUAAGUGCCCUUACUGCUCCAGCAAGUUCAACUUGAAGGGCAACCUCAGCCGACACAUGAAGGUCAAACACGGCAUCAUGGACACCUCGACGGAAGGACAAGAACCACCACCAGACCCGGAAGGCCAAGAGGACUUCGAAGAGGAGAGCUUUGAGUUCAGCGAGCGAGAGAACCGGGCUAACAACAACAACACUCCGGACAUUGCUAAACUCUCUCAAAUGGAGUAUUACAGCACCUACGGAAAGGGCUCAGGGCGCUUCAACACAGCAUGAAUCAUCAAAAAAAAAAAAAAAAAAGGACCCCGAACUGAAUAUAAGUGUGAAAUAAUGAUAAGGGGAUUGUUUUUUUUUUUUGGUCAUUGACAUGGGGCUCGGGGUUUUUCUUGAAAUGUUAAAGAACCCGGCAAACUGCACAUUCAUAUGCACUGGAAUCACUCGUAUCGCUACACAUUUUUUUGGAAAUGUUUACUUUUUUUUAUCAUUAUCAUGUUCUUUUCAUCUCUAAAAAAAAAACAGCAAAUCUACUUAUGAAAUAUAUAUUAUAUUCAAAAAAAAGUGGACUGUCUUAAACACAAGCAUUAAAAAGGUAAAACAAAUAUAUAUGUAAAUGUGUUUAUGUUGUCAUUUGCUUGACUACAGACACAUCAUCUGAGCCUAAUUUUUAAAGCACAUUUUUUUUUGCUUCCAUGCUUAAAAGCAUACGGCGAUGGAUUACUGCACUUAUUUAUCAGACAAUCCCAGUCUCUCUCUCUCGGUCGUUUGGGUCAAUUAAUGUGAAAGGUUGAAGAAGGGAACAAGUGUUACUGUUCAUCUCACUUGCCAAAGCUUUGAUUUAUACUGUGAUAAAUCAAAUUUGAUGUCUGCAAAAAUGAGUUCUGUUCCAAUGGAUUUACAAUCUGUUUUUUUUAUUGUAUAUUAUUGUACAGAAUGCAUCAGUCUUCUUGUAUGUUGGCUGGUAUUCUAAUCAGUGCGUUGCACUGGAGGACCACAGUGUCUACAUUUGAAGGUUUCUGCAUUAACAAGCAGCAUCCCGUAUUGAUCUCUCGUCCAUGAAUGUAAUUGUUUCAGGGGAAUGUUUUUAAAAUGCUAAUGAAAAGAAAAUCAAAACACCAAUUUCAGUAGUAGGAGCCCUUCACCAAAGAAUCAGAUCAAAUCUUGCAGAGUAAAUUUGGGACAUUGGAUUUCUUGGGGUCCAAUCGCAGACCUCAUGAAAUUACAUUUAGGUUUCCCUCCCACCCAUAUAGAUCACUUCAAAAGAUUACCACAGAGAAUAGACUCUAGUACAGCACACCUCUUACAGCAAGUCUCCCUUUUUUUUUUCUCCCUCCGAGCCAGGCCUUGAGACUCCAGACGAGACUGCAGCAUUUCUCAAAAGCAAUGCAAACCCGGUUUCCAUACUGCAGUUGUUUUUUUUUUUUUUGUGUAUGGAU